GUAUUAGUUAUAACUUAUAAGCCUCUCGGGUUGAAUCGGUGAGAGGAAUCAAUGGCUCGCCUGAGCUUAGAGCAAGUAUUGAAGGACAACAAUGGCGAUGAUCCAAGUUCCAUUACCAGUCUUCAGCUCAAUCACAAGGCACUUUCAGAUGUCUCUUGUUUGUCCAGCUUCAGCAAUCUGGAGAAGCUCGACCUCAAACUCAACAACCUAACUUCACUAGAGGGGUUGAGGUCAUGCGUUAAUUUGAAAUGGUUAUCCGUUUUGGAGAACAAAUUAGAAACCUUGGAAGGAAUUCAAGGGCUUACUAAGCUCACUGUGCUAAAUGCAGGCAAAAAUAAGCUUAGAUCUAUGGAUGAGGUCAGAUCGCUUGUUAGCCUCCGAGCACUGAUUUUGAAUGAAAAUGAGAUUGUUUCCAUUUGCAAGCUUGAUGAAUUGAAAGAAUUGAACACCAUUGUUCUAUCCAAAAAUCCAAUCAGGAAAAUUGGUGGGGCUCUGACAAAGGUGAAAUCUAUCACAAAGCUCUCCCUCUCUCAUUGCCAGCUUCAGGGAAUAGACUGCUCACUCAAGUCUUGUGUAGAGUUGAGAGAACUCCGCCUUGCCCACAAUGAGAUUCAGUCUCUCCCAGAUGAAUUAGCACAGAAUUCAAAGCUCCAGAAUUUAGAUUUGGGGAAUAAUGUGAUCACAAAGUGGUCAGAACUAAAGGUGCUUAAAUCCCUCACAAAUCUGAGAAAUCUCAAUCUUCAAGGAAAUCCAGUUGCUUCGAUUGAGAAGGUUACUAGAAAGGUUAAGAAAGCACUGCCAAAACUUCGUAUAUUCAAUGCUAGACCAGUAGAUAAAGAUGCAAAGAAUGAGAAAUGUGACGAUGAUGGUGGUAAUGAUUUUUCAGUAGAUCAAGUAGGUCAAAAUAUGAAAGAUAGCACCAAAGACAAGAAGAGGGCAAGAUUCCAUGGUGAGAAUGAGGAUGAUCAUGCUGAAGUUGUUGGUGAUCUUGAAUUUGAGAGAAAAUCAAGUAAGAAAAAGAAGAAAACUGUUGAUGAUUUCAAGAAGGAAGUCAGAGUCACUGACGAGGAAAAUACAGAUCAUAACAAGAAAUCAACUAAGAAAAAGCCCAAGAAUGAUGACAAUCCUGUGGACAAGGAAUUAGCUCCGCGGGAGAAUGUUACUAGGAUCGAGAAGAAACAUAAGAAAAAACAAAAGAAUGAGAAACAAAGUGAACUUGAUGUGAUUGAUGAUGCAGAAGCUUCAUUUGUGGAGCUUUUUAAUACUGGAGAUACAGAAAAUCUUAAUCAUGUUGAUGAAAUGAAACAGGAGAAAGUGCCUAAGGAUGCAAAACAGGUGGAUAGCACAUCGAUCUCAUUUACCAAGCGAAAGAGUACUAAGACAAAGAGCAUGGAGUCUCAGUCAGAUCCAUUAUUAGAAAUUGGAAUGGGAGGGCCAUCGACAUGGGGCGACGACUGACAAGUGGAAACGUCUAGCGAGAUGCCGCAGCUUUGAGCCAUUCAGUGCAACUAGAAUUUAGUCUAGUUUUCUCACUCAGGAUAACUCGUUGCUACUGAGUUCCUGUGUUAUUCUUCAAUGCUCCAGGUUGUUGGGUUAUGUUGCUACUUUUUACUGCCCCUCAAAUUGUUUACUCUUUGCUACUGAGUUCCUGGGUAAUUUUGCUUUGCUCCAAGUUGUUGGGUUAUGUUGCUACUUUGUGGUGUGCAAACAUCAUAGACUGGAUCCAUUUACUGAUCAUACUUUUUACUGUCCCUCAAAUAGUUUAAUUCCAGCAGUAGUAGCUAGAACCAUUUCAUUAAAGUAUUUUACUUUAUGUUUCAUGCCCCCGUUCCCAUAUUAAUGUAAUGUUAAAUUUUGAAAGGGAGCCUUUAAUUUUUGUUAUAAAAGAGUGGAUAUAUUUGCAACUU